GUCACUCUCCCCACUUACAGAUGGGGAAACCGAGGCCUGGAGAGUUGAAUGACUUACAAACGAUCAAGGCUGAGUGGUUUUUGAGGAAUGGCUGGGCACUGGUGACACCAGGCCCUCCUGCUCUCCUCCCUGUUCCCAGCUGUGGGUGGGGAGGGUAUAUGUGUGUCUGCCCUGGGGCUUACUCCACUGCCUACCUGUGCACCUGGCCUGUUACCCAGCAGCCGUCUAGCAGCGCAGGCAUCCCCUCCGCAGCAUGUCUAAAGGGGCUCCCAGCUCCUGCUUGCACACUCCCACAGACAGGGUGCUCACUCCUCCAAAACCAAACCAGCUUGACCCAUUUGGGGUCAGCUCUGCCUGAGCUACGAUUGGCUUCUCCUGGGCCCGGCUUUGCCCUCCGGUGGGGGCAUGCAGGGCAGCUCUCUCUGCCCUUUUGAGAUUUGGAAGGAGAUUCUGAGCCUCUCAUUUUCCAGGCUAUACAACCUCUCAGCUCCCCGCGCCCCCCCCCCCCCCCCCCCCCCAUAGUAGCUGAGAACGUCCUCCCUGUGUCAGAUAGGGCUUUUUAAUUAUCGCAAGUUUUUGUUUGUGGGUCUCCUCCCUCCUUGAAAUAAUGGGGAAUUUGCUAAACUUCUGUGUCAGUAACCUUUGAAGAGAAAAAAAGGCUGGAGUUGAAAAACAGCUCGUGGGCUGGCUGGAAGGCUAUCAGAUAAGGCAGUGGCCCAGGAGCUGGGACAAUGUCCUCUUGUUCCUGCUCCCCAGCCCUCACAAUGAGCUGCUGUGGGGCCUGGCUGUAUCUCUAGCAGGGGCUCCCUCGCCCGUUUCCUGGGCAGGGGCUGCCCCACCCUCGCCAGCCCCCCUGUCUCUUCCUCCCGGACCUGGAAUGAGUGGGUCAUGGUGAGCAGGUCGGCUGCCCGUGGCCUUUGGCUGCUCGGCAGCCUGGGGGUGACAGAGAAGGGAUGGGGGCACCGAUGGAGCCAGCCUUAGACUCUGCCGGACGGGGCUCGAGUCUCACUUGGCUCACUCGAGUCUCACCCACCCUGUCCUUCUGGGGUGCGGUACCUCAGUCCUGGUGGUUGUCCUGACAGCUAGGUCCCAUCUGAUGCCCAGGCUGAAGGAGUCUCGCUCCCACGAGUCCCUGCUCAGCCCCAGCAGCGCGGUAGAGGCGCUGGACCUCAGCAUGGAGGAGGAGGUGGUCAUCAAGCCGGUGCACAGCAGCAUCCUGGGCCAGGACUACUGCUUCGAGGUGACCACGUCAUCAGGAAGCAAGUGUUUCUCCUGCCGAUCGGCAGCCGAGCGGGAUAAGUGGAUGGAGAACCUUCGGCGAGCGGUACACCCCAACAAGGACAACAGCCGGCGUGUGGAGCACAUCCUAAAGCUGUGGGUGAUCGAGGCCAAGGACCUGCCGGCCAAGAAGAAGUAUCUGUGUGAGCUGUGCCUGGACGACGUGCUCUACGCCCGCACCACGGGCAAGCUCAAGACGGACAAUGUCUUCUGGGGCGAGCACUUUGAGUUCCACAACCUGCCCCCUCUGCGCACCGUCACCGUCCACCUGUACCGGGAGACUGACAAGAAGAAGAAGAAGGAGCGCAACAGUUACCUGGGCCUGGUGAGCCUGCCUGCCGCCUCGGUGGCUGGGCGGCAGUUCGUGGAGAAGUGGUACCCGGUGGUGACGCCCAACCCCAAGGGCGGCAAGGGCCCCGGGCCCAUGAUCCGCAUUAAGGCUCGCUACCAGACCGUCACCAUCCUGCCCAUGGAGAUGUACAAGGAGUUUGCCGAGCACAUCACCAACCACUACCUGGGGCUCUGUGCAGCCCUCGAGCCCAUCCUCAGCGCCAAGACCAAGGAGGAGAUGGCAUCAGCCCUGGUGCACAUCCUGCAGAGCACGGGCAAGGUGAAGGACUUCCUGACGGACCUGAUGAUGUCAGAGGUGGACCGCUGUGGGGACAAUGAGCACCUUAUCUUCCGGGAGAACACGCUGGCCACCAAGGCCAUCGAGGAGUACCUCAAGCUGGUGGGCCAGAAGUACCUGCAAGAUGCGCUAGGUGAGUUCAUCAAAGCUCUGUACGAGUCGGAUGAGAACUGCGAAGUGGACCCGAGCAAGUGCUCGGCCGCCGACCUCCCCGAGCACCAGGGCAACCUCAAGAUGUGCUGCGAGCUAGCCUUCUGCAAGAUCAUCAACUCCUACUGUGUCUUCCCACGGGAGCUGAAAGAGGUAUUUGCCUCAUGGCGACAGGAGUGCAGCAGCCGUGGCCGGCCUGACAUCAGCGAGCGACUCAUCAGCGCCUCCCUGUUUCUGCGCUUCCUCUGCCCUGCCAUCAUGUCGCCCUCACUCUUCAACCUGCUGCAGGAGUACCCCGAUGACCGCACUGCCCGCACCCUCACCCUCAUCGCCAAGGUUACCCAGAACCUGGCCAACUUCGCCAAGUUUGGCAGCAAGGAGGAGUACAUGUCAUUCAUGAACCAGUUCCUGGAGCACGAGUGGACCAACAUGCAGCGCUUCCUGCUGGAGAUCUCCAACCCCGAGACUGUCUCCAACACGGCCGGCUUCGAGGGCUACAUCGACCUGGGCCGCGAGCUCUCCAGCCUGCACUCGCUGCUCUGGGAGGCCGUCAGCCAGCUGGAGCAGAACAUUGUAUCCAAACUGGGACCCCUGCCUCGAAUCCUGAGGGAUGUCCACACAGCACUGAGUACCCCAGGCAGUGGGCAGCUCACGGGGACCAACGACUUGGCCUCCACUCCUGGCUCUGGCAGUAGCAGCAUCUCGGCCGGGCUGCAGAAGAUGGUGAUCGAGAAUGAUCUCUCUGGUCUGAUAGAUUUCACCCGGUUACCGUCUCCAACCCCCGAAAACAAGGACUUGUUUUUUGUCACAAGGUCCUCCGGGGUCCAGCCCUCACCUGCCCGCAGCUCGAGUUACUCGGAAGCCAACGAGCCUGAUCUUCAGAUGGCCAAUGGUGGCAAGAGCCUGUCUAUGGUGGACCUGCAAGAUGCCCGCACGCUGGACGGGGAGGCUGGCUCCCCGGCGGGCCCCGACGCCCUCACUGCCGACGGGCAGGCGCCGGCAUCGCAGCUGGUGGCCGGGUGGCCGGCCCGGGCGGCCCCGGCGAGCCUGGCGGGGCUGGCCACGGUGCGGCGGGCGGGCCAGACGCCGACCACGCCGGGCACCUCCGAGGGUGCCCCCGGCCGGCCCCAGUUGCUGGCGCCGCUCUCCUUCCAGAACCCCGUGUACCAGAUGGCGGCGGGCCUGCCGCUUUCGCCCCGCGGCCUUGGUGACUCGGGCUCCGAGGGCCAUAGCUCCUUGAGCUCCCACAGCAACAGUGAGGAGCUGGCAGCUGCCGCCAAGCUGGGAAGUUUCGGCGGUGCCGCCGAGGAGCUGGCGCGGCGGCCCGGGGAGCUGGCGCGGCGGCAGGUGUCACUGACUGAGAAGGGCGGGCAGCCCACGGUGCCACGGCAGAACAGCGCCGGCCCCCAGCGGAGGAUCGACCAGCCGCCGCCGCCGCCCCCACCACCACCCCCCGCGCCCCGUGGCCGGACGCCACCCGCCCUGCUGAGCACGCUGCAGUACCCGCGGCCUUCAAGCGGACCGCUGGCGUCGGCCUCGCCUGACUGGGCUGGCCCCGGAGCCCGGCUCCGGCAGCCGUCGUCCUCAUCCAAGGGUGACAGCCCGGAGCUGAAGCCUCGCGCGGUGCACAAGCAGGGCCCUUCACCCGUGAGCCCCAAUGCCCUGGACCGCACGGCCGCUUGGCUCUUGACCAUGAACGCGCAGUUGUUAGAAGACGAGGGCCUGGGCCCAGACCCCCCCCACAGGGAUAGGCUAAGGAGUAAGGAGGAGCUCAGCCAAGCAGAAAAGGACCUGGCCGUGCUGCAGGACAAGUUGCGGAUCUCCACCAAGAAGCUGGAGGAGUACGAGACCCUGUUCAAGUGCCAGGAGGAGACGACGCAGAAGCUGGUGCUGGAGUACCAGGCGCGGCUGGAGGAGGGUGAGGAGCGGCUACGGCGGCAGCAGGAGGACAAGGACAUCCAGAUGAAGGGCAUCAUCAGUAGGUUGAUGUCUGUGGAGGAGGAGCUGAAGAAAGACCACGCUGAGAUGCAAGCAGCUGUAGACUCCAAACAGAAGAUCAUCGAUGCCCAGGAGAAGCGUAUCGCCUCACUGGACGCCGCCAACGCCCGCCUCAUGAGCGCCCUGACGCAGCUGAAAGAGAGGUACAGCAUGCAAGCCCGUAACGGCGUCUCCCCCACCAACCCCACCAAAUUGCAGAUUACCGAGAACGGCGAGUUCCGAAACAGCAGCCAUUGUUAACCUGCCCGAGGAGGGAGGACCGUGGUGGCCCAGAGCAGGCCUCGGCCUGGGGCCUGGGGAGGAGUGCCCCCACAGUCGCAGCCUCCCGCGCAGGGGCAAGGGGGUGCCCAGGCCUCCUCCCCUUCCCUCCGCCUGCGGUCCAGGAGGUGCCGCACGGGGAGCCUGGACAGACUGACGCGGCGUGGGCCCGCUCCCCUCUCUUCUGGCCCGAGAAGCGAGUUCGGUGCAGGCCGGAGAGGCCUGCACGCUGGGGGUGGGGCGGCCUGGGGGGAGCAGGGGGCCUGCCAAAGUACGUCUCCGUCGGUUACUGAGUUUGGUGUGUGUCACCUUUCUUCCUUGACCUGGCCAAGUGCAUGUACCCCUUCCCCCUCCCCAGGGAGAGAGCGCCCGCAGGGCAGAGGGUUAGAGAGCUAGGGGCCCAGGCCCCUGCCCUGAGGGACUUGUCCCUUAGUUCCAGGGGCGGACGGACAGGCUGGUCGGCAGGCAGGGAGAGGGUGGGGAGGACGGAGCUGCCGGAGUACCUGUCCUGCAGGGCUCCCCCGAGCCCCUGCCACUGCAUGCGGCCUGUCCAGGGACCUGCCUGGCUGUGAGGAACCGAGGAUUCACCCCUGUACCUGUCCCCAGACUCCCUGCCUCUUCCCCACCACCCCCAACUUCCUUCCUUAUUUUGCCAAACAGACCCAGUGAGGAUCCUGGCCCGCUCUUCUGGGCCCUCGUAUCUGCGGGGAGGAUCUGGAGCCUCUCUCACUUGCCCAGGCCGAGGGCUCCCUAAAGCCAAAGAUCUGGGCAGAGUUGGCCCAGAUGGCACUGUGCCCGAUCCCUGCCCUU